AGGUUUGUCUGUGGAGCCUCCCUUCUGAGGUUUACUUCAGACAAACAGUGUGGACCCCCACCCAUAAUCUUGCUGCAGACACACCUCCACAGGUGAGUAUAAAAAGGCUGAACUGAACUGAGGCAGACAUCAAGUUUUGAAGAGUCAGUUCUGAACCCUCCACAUCCAAAAUGAAUCUGGCUCCCUCCACCUGCCUGCUCUUACUGCUCCUGCUCGGCAUUGCUCAGGCACUGCCCGUCCAAAAUGAAGAAGGCCAUGAAGAAGGCCAUGAAGAAGGUGAUGAAGAUGACUUUGUAGACAUCACUACCAGGAUCCUCACCAGCAACAAUAACACUGACCAGCUCUUGCUAGAAGGAGACCUGGUGGCUCCUACAAACAGGAAUGCCAUGAAAUGCUGGAGCAGCAGCUGUUUCUGGAAGAAAGCCUCCAACGGUUUAGUGGUAAUUCCUUACGUCAUUAGCUCUGAGUACUCUGGAGGAGAAGUGGCCACCAUCGAAGGCGCCAUGAGGGCUUUUAACGGCAAAACAUGCAUCCGCUUUGUCCGUCGCACCAACGAGUACGACUUCAUUAGCGUUGUGAGCAAAACUGGAUGCUACUCUGAGCUGGGCAGGAAGGGAGGACUUCAGGAGCUGUCUAUCAACAGGGGAGGAUGCAUGUACAGCGGCAUCAUCCAACACGAGCUCAACCACGCUCUGGGCUUCCAGCAUGAACAGACCAGGAGCGACCGAGACAGCUACGUCCGAAUCAACUGGGAGAACAUCAUCCCAGCGAGUGCCUACAAUUUUAACAAGCAUGAUACCAACAACCUGAACACCCCCUAUGACUACUCCUCCAUCAUGCACUAUGGAAGAGAUGCCUUCUCCAUUGCCUAUGGGCGAGAUUCCAUCACCCCCAUCCCUAAUCCCAAUGUCCCCAUCGGCCAGAGGAAUGGCAUGUCCCGCUGGGACAUCACCAGAAUCAACGUCCUUUACAACUGCCGUUAAAAAUGUUUAUGUCUGCCCUUUAAUGUCUGAAUUACUACAAAUAAAGUAGAUGCAAAGCAAC